AUGGACAAACCAAAUAUUCCGCAGAAUCCUUUUGAUUCAUUCUCAUACCAUGAGCCUUUGGAGUCACCAGAAGAAUUUGCAGAACCAUGUAUUUUGGGUGUCGAUGAAGCUGGAAGGGGACCAGUGAUUGGACCCAUGGUCUAUGCAUGUGCAUUCUGCCCUCUCUCAUACAAAGAUACACUGGCCAAGGCUGGGUACAAUGAUUCCAAGCAACUGACAGCUGCAACACGGUCAAAUCUACUUGAUGUUGUGCGUGCAGAUCCACAUGUGAGCUGGGCUGUCACUGUGAUGAGUGCACGCGAUAUUUCUUCAGGCAUGCUGCGACCCAAGACCAGUGCGUAUAACCUCAAUAACCAAGCGCACGAUGUGACAAUUGCGUUGAUCCAGCAAACAUUACAGCGUGGGGUUAAUAUAGCCGAGAUUUACGUUGAUACUGUAGGUCCGCCUGCUAGUUAUCAGGAUAAACUUUCGCGGCGGUUCCCUGGAAUCAAAAUCACAGUUGCCAAAAAGGCUGAUUCACUUUAUCCUAUUGUAUCUGCUGCAUCAAUUUGUGCCAAGGUCACGCGUGAUGAGUGUCUGGUGGUACAUGACGAAAGUGGUAACGGGUCAUGGGGGUCUGGCUACCCAUCGGACCCGCGCACGGUUGCAUGGCUCAAGAGCUCGGUAGAUCCGUUAUUUGGAUACUCGGGGCAGGUGCGAUUUAGUUGGAGCACUGUGACAGAUUUGUUAUCAGCAGGCCGAGAUGUCAAAUGGGCGGAUGAUUAUGAUGAGGAGGCCAAGAAGAAGGCUAAGGGGGUUGGACGGUACUUUAGCAAUGAAAGUAAAGAGGAAAAGGAAGAUAGAAAGAAGAUGAAGUUGGAGGAAUUAUCAGUUUCUAAUUUGUGGUACGGGAAACCUGGUGGAAAAAAAGAUUUGUGGAUGUAA